AUGAAAUUAGCUUCGAAGAUACUAGAGCUGAUCUGUGAAGGUUUAGGAUUAGAAUCUGGGUAUUUUGAGGGUAAACUAAGUGAAAGUUCAUUGUUGGCAGUUAAUCGGUACCCGCCAUGCCCAGAUCCAAGUUUAACCCUCGGAUUACCCAAACAUUGUGAUCCCAAUCUCAUAACAAUUUUACUCCAAGGUGAAGUGCGUGGGCUUCAAGUCUUCAAGGAUGGUGAAUGGAUUGGUGUUGGGCCUGUUCCUCAGGCAUUUGUGAUAAACAUAGGUUACCAGUUACAGAUUAUCAGUAACAACAAGCUAAAAGGUGCCGAACAUCGAGCUGUGACAAAUUCAAGGGAUGCUAGGACAAGUGCUGCCUUCUUUGUCAGUCCUCGUCCUGACAGCAUUAUUGAACCUGCCAAAGCUCUUAUUAAUGCGGACAAUCAUCCAGUCUAUAGAGCCUUUGAGUUGACAGAGUUUAUCUCCAACUACAUGAGUACGAAAGGCAACUCUGAAGCCAGUAAGAAUUCUAGAGAUUUUGGGAUGAGGAACGCUAGUAAAGAUAAAGCAAUUGAAAUCUUGGGCAAGUUGGUUAGUUUCCUGAGGAAAUGUAUGAUUAAUAUCAUUUCUGUUGGCCCUAUGCCAAAUCACAUUGCUUUCAUCAUGGAUGGGAACAGGAGUUAUGCCAGGAAACACAAUAUGGGAAAACUGACUGGCCACAAGUUUGGUUUAUUGGCUCUGUUUUCCUGCGUCAAGUAUGGCUACGAGUUAGGUGUAAGAUAUUUAACGUUUUACGCCUUCAGCAUUGAUAGUUUCAAACAGAAUCCAGAUGAAGUUGAGCCUUUGAUGGAUUUAUUUCUAGAAUACGUUCAAGGCUUUAUGAAGGAAGAGACCUUUGUCAAUCGCUAUGGAAUGAGGGUUUUCUUCAAAGGGGACCUAAAACUCUGUAGCGAGCCUGUUAGGUUGGCAGCGAAAAAAGCCAUGCUGGCCACUGCUCAAAACUCCAAGAUAUUCUUAACCAUCUGUGUUGCCUACUCUUCCACCAAUGAGAUUGUGCAUGCUGUUCAAGAAUCUUGCGAAGAAAAAUGGGGUGAAAUCAGUUUACUGAAUGAAAAUGGAGCCAACUUUUAUUCAACUAACCCUGUGGAAAAUGAGAUUAAUGGAGGAGAGAGCUUCGUAAAAAUUACUGAUAUUGACAAGAAUAUGUAUACUGCAAUUGCACCUGAUCCUGAUAUCCUAAUCCAUACCUCUGGUGAGACCCGAUUGAGCAAUUUUCUUCUGUGGCAGACUACAUACACUUACUUGUACUGUGGCCUGAGAUGGUAUCUGGUGCCAAAAGCAAUUGAUCGAAUGCACCAUUAUGAUGACCAAGUCCCAAAUCAAUGUGCAAUCGUAGGCCAUAUGAUCUCACCAUCAACUCAUAAACAUGACAUAACAGUGUAA